CCCCCCCCCCAACAGAUGUGCCAAAGGGGGGUGGGGGGGACCGCGGCGUCUCGGAAAUACAAGCCACCAUGAAGAUGCGCGUAUGGCUGCAGAACACUUCCAAUGGUGCAGCCAAGACGGAACAUAAGGCUCACGUUUUGUCGCCCAAGCCACUGCAGCGUGAGGAACUACAACUCCCGGCAGCCUCCUCGGCAUCGUCCAUGCACCGCAGUCAAUCAGCUGUUGAGGCAACUGCUGACUAUCUCGGCACAAGGGUAGCUCCGUUUGUCACAUCUGAACCCAGGCGAGGCAAACAGAAAUAACUUUAUUCACAGAGUCUCAAAAAGGUGAACGAUAAAGCUCCGGAGUUCCUGCGUGGAAGGGAAAAACGAGACGUGGCGAGAUCUGCUCAGCAAACCAUGCAGGAUGAUCUACUGAUGGACAAAAACAAAGCCCGGCCUCACCAUCAGCAAGAUCCGACGCAAGUAGACCCUCCUCCCUCCACCCCGACCCCGUCGUCGGAGCCCACUUCUUCUCCAUCGGCGCUGGAGAGCCCGUCGACCGGGAGCAACCAAGCGGCUUCAGCGCUGAGCGUCAGCAGCAGCAGCAGCAGCAGCAGCAGCAGGGACAAAGUGCCGAUGGAAUCGCCGAUCCUGCCCGGGUUGAGCUUCCACCACCAGCCGCAGGAGACCGGCGGGCCCCUGUCCUCCCCGUCCUCCUCUUUCGGGAGCACUUGGUCCACGGGAACCACAAGCGCCGUGGACGAUAGCUUUUUCCAGGGAGUACCCUCGGUGAACGGGACGAUGCUUUUCCAGAACUUCCCCCACCAUGUCAACCCGGUCUUCGGUGGUAAUUUCUCCCCGCAGAUCGGCCUGGCUCCCCAGUCUCAGCAGCAUCAACAGCAAGCCCCGCCGCCGCCGCAGCAGCAGCAGCAGCAGCAGCCGCAGCAGCAGCAGCAGCAGCAGCAGCAGCAGCAGCCCCAGCACAGGAGGUCCCCUGUCAGCCCCAGCCAAGGCCCCUUCCCCCAGAGAAACGCAUAUCAGACUAUCAUGAAUAACAGCAAGGGGUCGUCUUCACCUGCCUCAUCGUCCGCUUGGAAUAAUCAGCAAAACGCCGCCUGGAGCACAGCCUCCAACCCCUGGAGCGGGCUGCAGGCGGGCAGGGACCCGCGCAGAGCGGUGGGCGUCGGGGUCGGAGUCGGGAUGCCGUCACCCUUGAACCCCAUCUCCCCCAUGAAAAAGCCCUACAGCAGCAACGUUAUAGCACCCCCCAAAUUCCCGAGACCUGGUCCCCUCAACCCCAAACCCUGGAUGGAGGACAGCGCCUUCAGGACUGACAACAGCAACAACAUACUCCCUUUCCAGGACCGGAAUCGGCCCUUUGAUGCUUUUAGCUUGCACUCUUUGGAGAAUUCCUUAAUGGAUAUGAUAAGGACUGACCAUGACAAAGGUAAACCACACCCUGCCGGUGGCCCACCAAUGACUAUCGCUGAUAUUAUAUGGAGGAAUCAUUUUGCAGGACGUAUGGGCCUCAACUUCCAUCAUCCUGGAGCAGACCACAUAAUGCCGUUGAACACCCGGAGCUAUGGCCGCAGAAGAGGUCGUUCCUGCCUUUUCCCCUUUGAAGACGGUUUCCUCGACGACGGCCAUGGCGACCCCUCCUUGACCUCGGGCCUGAACUCACCUACUCGCUGUCAGAACGGAGAGAGGAUGGAGCGCUACUCCAGGAAGGUCUUUGUUGGAGGCCUUCCGCCUGACAUAGAUGAAGAUGAAAUCACCAACAGUUUCCGUCGCUACGGGCACUUGGUGGUGGACUGGCCCCACAAAGCUGAGAGCAAAUCCUACUUCCCACCCAAAGGCUAUGCUUUCCUGCUGUUCCAAGAGGAGACCUCUGUUCAGGCCUUAAUUGACGCCUGCAUCGAGGAGGAUGGCAAGCUCUACCUGUGUGUGUCCAGUCCUACCAUCAAAGACAAACCGGUCCAGAUCCGUCCCUGGAACCUGAGCGACAGCGACUUUGUCAUGGACGGCUCACAGCCACUGGACCCCCGUAAGACCAUCUUUGUAGGAGGAGUGCCGCGGCCCCUGCGUGCAGUGGAGCUGGCUAUGAUCAUGGACCGGCUGUACGGGGGCGUCUGCUACGCCGGCAUCGACACCGACCCUGAGCUCAAGUACCCGAAGGGAGCCGGCCGCGUCGCCUUCUCCAAUCAGCAGAGCUACAUCGCUGCCAUCAGUGCUCGCUUCGUUCAGCUGCAGCACAAUGACAUCGACAAGAGGGUGGAGGUGAAGCCAUACGUCCUGGACGACCAGAUGUGCGACGAGUGCCAGGGGGCACGCUGUGGGGGGAAGUUCGCCCCCUUCUUCUGUGCCAACGUCACCUGCCUGCAGUACUACUGUGAGUACUGCUGGGCCAGCAUCCACUCGCGAGCCGGCCGCGAAUUUCACAAGCCACUGGUGAAGGAAGGGGGCGACCGCCCUCGACACGUGUCCUUCCGCUGGAGCUGAGGGGGGGUCAUGAGUUGGCCCUGCCCCCAGUGAACCCACACCUGACCCCUGCUAUCCCACAGCCCAGGAGAGUACUGCAACCUCCCCCCGACACACACACACACGCGCACACACACACACACACACACACACACACACACACACACACACACACACACACACAGCCCCAAGUACUCCACCCUGCUCCGUACUAACACCUCAUGAAAAAAAAGGAUACCAUCAAACACACCGGACUGUCUUCACGCCGCACGGCUCUGAACUCAUGUGUUCGUCUAGUGUUCCCCUCUGAUGAAGCAUUGUGGGGAAAUGAAAUGCAAAAAUUUAUCAGCUUAUCAGAAUUUGCACUUUGGCUCAAUUUCUCACCAAACACACACACAGACACACAAACAAACAGGAUGGUAUGAUAGACCCCCGUCAACUCUCAGUCCCCUGUUCUGUUGCCUGGGUGGUGCGGUACGUCCUUUUGGACCCCCCCUUACCGAGACAGAGGUGGGGCCAUACAAAUAUAUUUUUUUUAAGUAAACACUUUUUGUUUUGUAU